UAAAAUAAAUGAUGAAACCGGUUGCUAGAUACCCCUCUUCUACAAGAAAUGGGGAUCAGUCUUUAGAAGGAAUGUUAACUGACCUCUACUUUGGUGCUAAACAAAAAUCCUCCAAAAAACUACAUAAACCUGCACCAUCCUCCCCAAAGCAAUCAACCGCUAGGCUCGUCACAAGCCUAACCUGCCUUCAAUUCGCAUUCGCCACUUAUGCCACCUUACUCCUCUUCUACUUAAGCCCGUCCUUGGACCUCAGGUCCACGCCUGACUUUACCUGGGCAACUCGAAUUGCCAAGAAUUGGAAGAACUUUGUUGUCGCCCCUCAUUUCGUGAACCCGAACCUGACCCAUGCUAUUCAUCCUGUCACGAGGUUCGUGAAAUCCGAAGUUUGCGAGACUGAAAAGAUUGACUUCGAGCAGAAGAAGUCCAUCGACCAAUUAAUGAUCAAGUUUAAGAAGGAAAUGUACGAGGAAGUUAUGGCAUUCCAAGACAAGUCGUUUGGAACCGAGUCACUUUCCCAGCUAAUGGGAAUGAAAUCCAGAUGGGACUUAAACAAUAACAGGCAGCCUCAGCCGAAAAUAACAGUUAUUUUGAACCAUUUCAAGAGGAAGACGUUAUGUUCUCAACUAAACUCGUUGCUCAACCAAUCACUCCCGUUUCACCAUGUUUGGGUGAUGUCGUUUGGAAGCCCGAACGAGCUGUCUUUAAGAAGGAUUGUCGAGAGUUACAAUGACACGAGAAUAAGUUUUAUCAGCUCCACUUAUGAUUUCAAGUACUUUGGUCGGUUCCAAAUGGCACUCCAGACGGAAGCUGAUUUCGUGUAUAUUUUAGACGACGACAUGAUUCCCGGAACAAAGAUGUUGAGGAUUCUCGCACACGUGGCGGGAACGGAGAAGUAUAAGAACUCUGUUUUGGGAAGCAUUGGGAGGAUUCUUCCGUUUCGACAGAAGGACUUUAUGUUUCCGAGUUAUCGUAAGUUCAGAUCGAAGGAGGCUGGACUUUACCUGCCUGACCCAGCUUAUGAUAUCGUUAUCAAUAAGAUCGUUCAGGUUGAUUUUCUGUCAAGUUCUUGGUUUCUUUCGGCUGAGCUUGUCAAGACUCUCUUCAUUGAAGAUCCUUCUACUUUCAUGACAGGAGAAGAUCUUCACUUAAGCUACCAGCUUCAAAAGUAUAGGAACGCGGGCUCCUUCGUUCUUCCCAUCGAUCAAAACGACAAAGAGACAUGGGGAGACAGCGAGCACCGGUUAGCUUACGUAUCUGAAACAACCGUCAUCUUCAAAGACAUCAUACAAGUACGAGACGAGCAAUGGUGGACUGCACUAACCACAGGCUACAUAACGCAAUGGGCAGCCAUGAAUCCUCAAAAGAUAGACGCUUUCUUCUACGCCCACACAAUUGACGAGGCCAAGGCAUUAGCCCCUCUCAUAGAGAAAUUCAAGAUGACAGCAGGAAGGAAGGCUUACAUUGCGGUUUCAGGUGGAAACUAUUGCCCUUGUGAAGAAGCAGCUUCAGCUCUGAGCUGGCCUAAGGCUGUCUGCAAGGAGAGACGGUUCAAGAUAUUCGACUUGGGAAUUGGAGCUCUCUCGAGUAGUGUUUCAGACUCUGAGGUCCCCAUUGUUCAAGGAGUGUAUUCAAGCAUGAAAGGGUUAGUCAAGAUGCAUAACCCGAGUGUGAUAAUCGCAGUAAACGAUAUCGAUAUUAAUGUGAUGAAGGCUCUAAAGAUGGCAGCCGAGAGUAAUGGAAAUGGAUCAACACUCGUUCUUUUGCCCAGAUCUUCCAUUAAUAAAGUCCUUUGGAUGGCUGAUCUCAGACCAACAACAUUACUAAAUUGGAACAAGAUGAGGAUAUCUAUAAACGUUAUAACACAAAACCGAUCCCCAUCGCUAAGUCGAUUGCUUAAAUCUCUAAGCGAAGCUUACUAUCUAGGAGACGAUAUACCAAUCACCUUCAACAUGGAUACUAGAGUGGAUGAGGCAACUAUAAAAAUGGUGAACACAUUCAAAUGGCCACAUGGUUCUAAAACUCUUAGAAGAAGGAUCAUUCAAGGAGGAUUAAUCAGGGCAGUUAGUGAAAGUUGGUAUCCUUCUUCAGACGAUGACUAUGGUCUUCUCCUUGAAGAUGACAUAGAAGUCUCUCCUUACUACUAUCUUUGGAUCAAAUAUGCACUUUUAGCUUACCACUAUGAUCCACAAGUUUCAUUACCUGAACUAGCUUCGAUUUCUUUAUACACUCCACGUUUAGUUGAAGUAUUGAAAGAAAGACCUAAAUGGAAUCCAACUGAUUUCUUCAAGAACAUACAUCCAAACACACCUUAUCUCCAUCAACUACCGUGUAGCUGGGGAGCAGUGUUCUUUCCAAAACAAUGGAGAGAAUUCUACGUUUACAUGAACAUGAGAUUUACAGAGGAUGCAAAGAGAAAUCCAGUACAGAUACCUAAAUCAAGAACAAAUGGAUGGCAAGCAUCAUGGAAGAAAUUCUUAAUUGAUAUGAUGUACUUACGUGGUUACGUUGCUUUAUAUCCGAAUUUCCCUCGCCAAGCUAGCUUUUCGACGAAUCAUAUGGAGCCAGGAGCACAUAUCUCGGCCAAGGAAAAUGCGGUGAGGCAUGAUAAAUCGGAUUUUGAAGUUCCUCUGUUGAAGGAAGAUUUCAGUGCUUUAUUGCCUGCCGGAAAAUUACCUCCGGCGUCUAAAUUGCCAUCGUUGAACCUCUUUAAUCAGCCUGUUUCUCUUAGGGGACUUAAAGCUGCCGGAGGAAAACUUUGCCGGGAUGUGCUUAACUGUACUUCCGAUGAGAUUGUGAUUGUUGAUCAUCAGACUGGAUUGCCUUCAAAGUGUUCUAGGUUUUGAUUAACCGUUAUUUAGGGUUUCGUUUCUAUUUCAAUCAACAAACUAAUUCCUCAUGUAAUACUUUUACUUAUUUGGAGAUAUAAA